AUGGAGGAUAACGAUGAUCCCGUUGUGUUGCUUCAUCAAAUACAAAAGGGCUAUGACGGAAAGGGAGCACAAGGCGAAGAGCAAGUGUUACAUGCCUCUCCACUUGAAUGUAGUAAGAAUGAAAGUGAAAUAAACCCCAAUUCUUCAGCGACGAAUAUAGCAACGCACGAAAGGCUGUCGAAGGUAUCCAAAAACGACCUUAAAAAAACACCUGAGUAUCGUGUGCAUCCCUUUCCUCCCGACCGCAGUCCCCUCGAUGGAGGGCCGCAUCGAAAUAAUGAGGAGGGAUUGGGGGGAAAAAAAGUGGCGACACUUAGUCUCUUUUUAGAGAAACUGAGCCAAAUGGAUGCUAAAAGCCAUCUGCCUUCGCUCCCAACGUACGAUGCGACUGCCGAGGCCAGACACGAAAAAAUUAAGCAGAAGAUCCGGGAGGAGCGCAAACGGAUGCUUGUGUUUCGAGACGUGGGGAUGGACUUGGACAAACCUAUCCUCUCACGCGACGUGUUUUUGAUGUUCAAGUACUUCUAUUAUGGCACUGAGUUUGCCAUUGAUAAUGAAUUGGAGCGAAUGUUGCGCUAUUUCAACGAGGAUGCCUUAAGUGAGUUAAAGAUUAUCGACAACAGUAAACUAAUGCGCGGCCCGUCGACGUUGUCGCGUCGGCAAAAAUCAUGGCCGCCACACCCUCACUCUGCCUUUUCAAGCCCAAGCAUCUACGCUGGUGGGGAAAACGCCGCAUGGGCACCUGAUGCGAAGCCCGCUAUGUCUCCCCUAGACAACCGUGCAAGGUUUGAUAGCGCUCCUCGUAUUUCCCACGCCAAGACGGGUGGCGCUGAGUCGUUGCCGUUGCCACCCACCUUUCCGAACGUUUCGUGUGCCAACAUGCGUCAGUUCUGUGCUGACUUCAACGCUGAGGUCUGUCAGGUGUUGCGCGACGCGCUUCGGCCGAGCCCCUUGCAGUCCCUUUUCGGUGGUUUUUUCACGACCACGAAGGCUGCCACGCCCGUGGCGCGCGGUGUGCAGAAGAAUUUUAGCUCAAAAGAUGCGUCGUUGUUUACCCCGCUUUCCGCGGGGUCCUUCCGCCGGCCUGCGCUCGUGAUUUACUCGCAGCUCGGCCAUAAGUUCGGCUCCACGGCGGACGCGAUGUGGCGGCGUCUGGCCUACCACACCAUCUGCCCGGCCCUGAUGGCGUACAUGCCCGAGGUCGAGGAGCAACGCACAGGAGCAGACGCCGCUGCGAAGGGUCCUCUCGAAUCAAAGCAUCAUCUUAAAACGACAACUCAUCGUAAUAUGCCUAUCGACGUGGUAUCGCUGCGUAGCAUGGACCUGUACAAGUAUCGGUGGGUACACAACCUCUACGUGCAGCGGUUUGCUCAAUCUCUGUCGAUGAAUACUCAAACAAGCAACAACGCACAAGGCAAUAAAAAAGAGGAUCACUUUGAGGCGGCAAUGGUGAACAAUGCGCUGCUGGCAUCCACAACCUUUCUGGGGACUAAGAUGUUGGAACCAUUCUUUACAUCGUUUAAUUUGCGUAAUUAUAUGUGCCCCUAUGCAAUGCUCGUCGAUCAUGAAGGUGUUGUGCGGUGGAUAAGUGGAGGCUGUCCGGACGCUUACGAGGCUGCCCAUUUUCCUGGUCUACUGAGACAACUUGAGAGUGAAUACUUCAAGAGCAAUAUUGCCCACUAG